AUGUCCACUGGAGGCACCAAGUCUCCCUCUCUCAACUCCAAGAAUGGAUCCCUUCCUUCAACUCCGCAAUCUUCCACGCCGACUAGAAAUCGAGCAUCGAAUAGUACCUCUGUUACCCCCUCGCCUAGACCACAGCUACUGCUCGACGUGGUAUCAACUCAGGAUGUUAUCGCAGAGAGUCCCGUCAGUGCGGACAUUCCAGAUGAUCAAGCGCAGAUGUUUCGCUCCAGUUCUAAAUAUAGUGUCAGCACGCUCACCAAAUCGACACGAAGCUAUUCUGAUAUCAGAUCCAUCAUCGACCCUCUGGAUGACCCUUUCGGCCAUUCCAUUCAGAGGUUAGAGAAGGCUGUGGUUAGACUUGAAAUGGUGGGAUCGGGAAUGGAAUUCGUCGGAAAUGUAUUGUCUGCCAUACCUUUGCUACAGACAGGAGGAGCUAUCAUGAUGUGUCUACGUCAGAUGUUAGAUGCUGCUAAGAAGGUCAUGGAAAAUAAAUUGGAUGCGUUGGGUCUGGUCAGUGAUUCCAUUACCAUCGUCGAAGCUGUACAGGCAAGGAUCAAAUCGAGUACCACACCUCUAUCAGAGGAUAUCCAGUACGGGGUAGAAGCUUUGUUUGUAAAAUUGACAAGUAAUACUGAGCUCCUCCAAAACUUCGUUGGACGAUCCAAAUUCAAAUUAUUUUUAUAUGCGAGUAAGAUGCAGCGGCAAAUUGAUGAUGCGAGAAACGAUACCUUGAUGUAUAUCGCUCGAUUUACGCUGGAAUCUAUUGUUUCAUUCGAUCAACUUCAACAAGAAGCUCAAGUUCAAAGACAACAAGAUAGGCAAGACUUUGCGAAGAGAUUGGAACAGUUUAUCCGAAACCCUGAGUCUGCCCGUCAUCUCAUCGCGAAUGAGGAAGUACCGGAGGUCCUUGUAACUCUCGAGCGGGAGGCUGAAAGACAAUAUCAUAAUCGAUAUCGCUCUCCGGAAUCGUCUCAACCGUCUUCGGCAGCUGUACAAUUCCCUACACCUCACCCUUACUACCCAGCACCUCCUCCUCUAACUACAGUGGCGCAAUUCCGAUAUGCCGCACCUGACUUCCUACAGUCGUCUGAGGUUCAAACAUUCUCAGUCGAUAAUGACGAGCUAGCACUGUCGAGACUAGCGACCUGGGAAGAAGCAGAGCCAGUCGCAGGUCGCCAUGGCAGAAGGGCGUGGCAAGUGACAACUGAUGAGACCGAUAUCGAAAACUCGAAGGGCAUGUUCUGUCAAAGCUUCCUCAAGUACCUCCGAAGUGAAAGUCAAAAAAGUGUAGAAGACCUACCAGUUUGGACAAUUACUGAAUAUGAAGUAUAUCGAGAACAACGAGAGUGUACAAGCAACUUCGCCAAGGUUUGGAAGGGUAGAUGGCACAAUCAGGAAGUUGCGAUCAAGGAUCUUGAUCCACUGACCGACAAACAUCUCUUCCUCGCUGAGGUGAAUAUAUGGUGUCGCCUCGAUAGCAAAUUUGUCCUGCCCUUCUUUGGCGCUUCAAGCUCAGUUGGUCCUCCACCUUGGUUCCUAGUCAGUCCAUGGAUGAAAAACGGUCGAAUAACCGAUUAUAUUCGUUCAGAUGCAGGAAGCAGAGUCGAUCGAAUCGCUCUUAUCCAUGGAGUCGCCCAGGGAAUGGAGUAUCUACAUUCUCGAGAUGUGCUUCAUGGCGAUUUGAAAGGUCAAAAUAUCCUAAUCGACGAUGAAGGUAGACCUAGAUUAUGUGAUUUCGGUCUAUCACAGAUCAAGAUCGAUAUCACUAGCAAAUCUGCUAAUCCUACAGAAAUGGAAAGUAAUGCUGGGACGCUGAGAUUUCUUCCGCCAGAGAGAUUGAAAUUAUCACCUCUGACUAGGGAGUGCGAUGUUUACUCGUUCGCUAUGACUAUCUAUCAAAUCUAUUCGGGUGAAAUUCCGUUUGCUGCUUUGGAUACCUAUAAUGCCAAAAUGAGCAUUUUGGAGGGUAUACGACCCCCUCAAAUUUCGGAUAUACCAGAUCGACUAUAUGAACUUAUGACCCGUUGCUGGGCGGCAGAUCCCCGCGUCCGGCCCAGCUUUGCAGAAAUAACUGUUGAGUUGAAGGCGAUGUAUGACCAUGCAGACUCUCCACUUCGAUCCAACCGGUCUGUUCAAACCUUGCUCGACUUGUCGGGGGACAGACCUAACCCACUCCAACCAACUUCCAGUCUCACAGUACCAUUGGAUAGACUGAAUAUGGGUGAGACCAGCACCAAGCGCGACGUCGAAGUCUCUUUGACGGCGCAAUUCUCUGUACCUACUGGAAAUGAUGAAGACAACUCGAAAGAUCCUGUCUUCUCGGGUGACGAAUCGGACAGCAUCUCGGUAGCUAGUGAUGCAGCCAGUGCAAUUUAUCUGCCCGAUCAGACGGAUCGCGAGUCGCCCACGGAGCUAGAACUGGAGAGACGUUACCGAAAGUACUUCAACUUCCAAGACUACUCUGAUCACUUCAAUCUACCCCAAUGGAAUCCCACCAUCGUCACUCUAGGCGAUAUCGGAUUCAUGAAAGACGGUCGGUUCGUCUAUCUUGAUAAUGCGAUAAAAAGCAAGAUCACCCCAGGACAAGGUUUACUAUUCUCAACUGCUGCCUCUCAGAACGUUAUUGCAGUAAGCGAAACUGUCAUCUAUCCCAAGCUUGUGAGCGACAUGGCGAAGGACUUUGGGGUGAGAAUAGUCUCAGCAUUCCGUACGAAAAAGACCAAGUUCACUAAGGCUGUCAGACGACAAAUAUCAGUACCAAUGUAUCCAGGUAGAAAGGCUGUCAGAUUGAUCGUGGCCGACGGGAAGACGCAAAUGAUACGAGAUUACUCCAAGCUCAAAGCAUAUCUAAUGGAAAACAUCGAUGACAUCCUCAAAACAGCGGAAGAACAUGGAUUCGGACGGAUGCAGAGAACGGACAUUGUUCUGGUAGUGGGAGUCUUGAUUGCAAAUAACUACGCAAUGGCUGUAUCGGAUUUCGCACCAGGAGCCACCUUGAAAUUCAACGUUUUAUCACCCACUCGCAAGUCCGGUAAAGAACCUUGGGGGUUCUGGACGCUGGCUCGAGAUCAAGGAAACGAUGCAUCUUCCUUUCGCCUGGGAAUUAGCUCAGGCUCGAGCUCAAACCCAAGUCCGGCACCUUCACAAUCACCCGUCCCGCCUUCUCCGCCAGGAUUACCCAUUAUCAAUAGACUGUUACCUGAUGUUGACGAUGGGCCACUCCAAUACUCCGUCAAGACGAGUAAACCUAAUGGUCCCAAGAAUGCUGUACAUCUAUCAGUAUUGAGAUUCCCUCCUACUGGUGGCGAUCCUACCUUCUUCCGUGAUUUGGCUUAA